CCAUAGUAGGAUUCGUAAUUUCGCUGUCAGCCCUGUGGAUCAUGAUGAGGCAGCGCGAGUGGAUUCAGCAUGUUUCUAUUUUUUGCCUUCCCUUUGACUCGGGAAGUAGUCGCGAAAAAUAACGGUGCAAGCCAUAAUCAAGGGACAAUAUACACCGCAGUAAAGUGCUGAUGAUGGCAGUGCGGCCCCCUCCAUGCGUGAUUGACUGCGGGACAGGGUACACCAAGAUUGGUUAUGCAGGAAACACGGAGCCCCAGUUCAUCAUGCCAUCCUGUAUUGCGAUCAGAGAGUCAGCCAGUGUUGGAGAUCAGGCACAGCGACGUCUCAUGAAAGGAGUGGAUGACCUCGAUUUCUUCAUCGGAGAUGAAGCCAUUGAUAAGCCAAAUUAUGCAACCAAGUGGCCCAUCAGACAUGGUAUUGUUGAGGAUUGGGACCUCAUGGAAAAGUUCAUGGAGCAGAUCAUAUUUAAAUAUCUCCGAGCUGAGCCGGAGGACCACAACUUCCUGAUGACAGAGCCUCCUCUAAAUACUCCUGAGAACCGGGAAUACUUAGCGGAGAUCAUGUUUGAAACGUUCAACGUCCCAGGGCUGUAUAUAGCUGUUCAGGCUGUUUUGGCAUUGGCAGCAUCAUGGACUUCAAGACAGGUUGGAGAACGAACCCUAACAGGAAUCGUGAUUGAUAGCGGUGAUGGGGUUACUCAUGCCAUACCAGUGGCAGAAGGUUAUGUGAUUGGCAGCUGUAUAAAGCACAUCCCUAUAGCGGGUAGAGACAUCACCUACUUCAUUCAGCAGCUGCUGAGAGACAGAGAGAUCGGCAUUCCUCCAGAGCAGUCACUGGAGACCGCGAAAGCUGUUAAAGAAAGGUAUUGCUACAUCUGUCCAGACAUAGUGAAGGAAUUCACAAAAUAUGACAUGGACCCUGGCAAAUGGAUAAAAAAAUACAAGGGAAUCAAUGCUAUCAACAAAAAUGAAUUUCUAAUAGAUGUCGGAUAUGAGCGUUUUCUGGGACCAGAGAUAUUUUUUCACCCUGAGUUUGCCAACCCAGACUUCUUGCAGCCCAUCUCAGAUGUAGUGGAUGAAGUCAUUCAGAACUGCCCUAUAGAUGUCAGAAGACCACUUUACAAGAACAUAGUUCUGUCAGGUGGCUCCACCAUGUUUCGGGAUUUUGGCCGCAGGCUGCAGCGGGACCUGAAGCGUGUGGUGGAUGCCAGACUCAGAAUGAGUGAGGAGCUCAGUGGCGGCAGAAUAAAGCCCAAGCCCAUGGAGGUGCAGGUAAUAACUCAUCACAUGCAGCGAUAUGCCGUGUGGUUUGGGGGAUCCAUGUUGGCUUCUACGCCCGAGUUCUUCCAAGUCUGCCACUCUAAGAAGGACUACGAGGAAUAUGGACCCAGAAUCUGUCGUCACAACCCAGUCUUUGGCAUCAUGUCCUAGUGCAGGUUAUGCACCCCGCUGUAAGCCUAGAUAUCAAUUCAGUCGAUUUAUCACCUCCCCGUACUACACUUUGAUUGCCACUCCUCUUUGAAAAGGAAUAAUUCAGGCUUUGACAAGCUUAGAAUAGAAAAGAACAAAGCUUUUUGUUUAUCAGUGAAAAUGUCAAAGCCAGGCACAAGGGUAUUAUGUGGAUUGGAUCUGGAGACUUGUGCUUUGAUAGCAAGCGCUGAAUGUUCAAUAUUCUAAAUACAGCAUAAAAGAGGAAUUCAAGAAUUGCACAUUGACUGCAGGCUACGCAGGUGAAGCCAUACAGUGGGGUCUGUUUACUUUGCUACUCAUUUCAGUUUCUGUUUUUUUGUUUGUAUUUUAAAGGAAUAGUUCGAACAAAAAUCGUUGUGUUGUUUCAGACCCAUAUGACUUAGUUUCUUCUAUGAAACACAAAAAGAGAUGUUUAGGAGAAUGUCCAGGCUGCUAUUUUUCAUAUAAUGAAAGCAUGCAGUAGCGGCUAGCGACUAGCGGCUGUUAAGAUCAAAUAAUAAUAAUAUUAAAUUGAAUUUCUGAAUAAGGAGUUAAAUUUUGCUCUGUUCUUCUCUCAAAGCUAUCAUAUGACAUCAGGGCCCAGUUGUUGGAAAGAAAUUUGGUCAGAUUUUGGUUAAUGGAUUGGAUCAAUUCUUGAAAAUGGGUUGUUCAAAAGAAAAAAAGAGGAUUCUGAAUUCAGAUUACAUCAUGCAAUCCAAUCUUGGUUCUGAUUUGCAUCAAACCUUCAGUAAGAUACUUUUGAUCCAAAAAAAUCAGGGUUAUUCUGAUCCCAGCAGAAGGUGGAUUCAGGAUGGAAUUCAGGUUCAAAAUUUAAUAGAACUUGGUCAAAUAUUACAGUGUUUGUAUGACUACGUUUACAUGUGCACCAAUAAUGCGAUUAUUUCUCAUAAUCAGAGUAAGGUCUUAAUCGCAGUAAGAUGUUUACACGACACGAGCAGAACUAUCACUCUAGUUUACAUGCAAUUUUCAUUACUCUGAUUAUUCGCUAAUAAGUAUGGUUAUUCCACACUCAGAUAGGCAUACAGUAUGCAAGUUAUCAGCCAUUGUUUUAAUCUACUCACAUCAAAUUCAAAGUACAUUUUUAUGGACGUACUGGAUAUUAUUCAGCGCCGUGAUGAACAUCGCAAUGCCGUGUUGUGCCGAAUACUGACCCCCGGCAAAUUAUUAUCCCCCUAGUAUUGGUAGGUUUAGUAUUCGGUGUGGGCGAGGGGUUAGGAUUAGGCAACUUUAACGAGGUGGGUAAUAAUUUGGCAGGGAGUCGAAUUUCGGCACAACACCGGGUUUGCCUACACUGCCGUCGCGUUAAUCACAAUAUUGCCAAAAUCUCAUUAUAAUCACAUUAUGAGGGUGCAUUUAAAUGCAUUUAUACACAUUUAUAGCUGUCAAAACAUUUAAUUUUGACUGUCAUUUAGGCCUAUCACUAUAUUAAUUAUGAUGAUCAUUAGUAUUGAACCAGUCAAAAGAUCUGGGUCAGAAGAGGAGUCUAAUGGUCUGUUCCAUUUGUCCUCAGACGUGGGAAAUUCACCGGCCCCAGUAGGAACUUUUAACUAGAUCCUACUCAAGUUUAAAUCCCCUCAAGUAGAAUUUGCGACUGGGGAACACUGGGGAAGCGCAACAAUCCCGACAUGGCUGCUCAGCCUAUCAAUCGUAGUGAACCAGUAGUAAAAUAUUGUUUAUUAGCACUUCUAUUUGUCUGUGUCUCAGUAAACUCAGUGGUCCACACAGUACUAUCCAACCUCUGUGGAAGUGGUACUUCAGCACUAUCUUUGCAAAAUAAAGCAUUUUAUGUAUUCCAUCUUAUUUUUCUGACGUUUUAACACAGUCAACUCGGGUAUGGCAUCAUUCUCAGCUCCUGCAUCCCUCAUUCCAGGUAAAUGGAAUGCAGCAUAACUGUUUAAAAGAAAAUGCAACUUUUAUUUUGCUGUUUUUUGUCUCUUCUAAUCAAAAAAGUGACCCAACGCUGAGUGUUCUACCUGAUGUUCUUUACAUAGCUAGUAGCCUACUUUGUGAUAUGUAGUCCCAUUUUAGAGCACUGGAAAUCCAGUUUUGGUAAUCAAGUAUCAGGCUGAUCCAAUUCAAUGUUGCUUUGAAAAACCAGCACAAAAGUAAGAUGGAUCCUGGAUAGCAAACCAGGAUUUCUAAAUCCAGAUCAUUCUGAUCCAGAUGAAACUUUUUACACUUCUGGACCCAGAAAAUUUACAUAGUAAUACAGAUAAUCAUUUGAUAAUAUUCUUUUGCCUUUUUUAUUUAUUUUUUUGUCCUUUUUGGAGCUUGAUGCUCAUUAGCUAUAUCGCAAAACUUUUGCUUUUGUGUUUCAUGGAAGAAUGUUCAUAGUUUGAACAACAAGAAGUGAGUAAAUGACAGAAUGUUAAUUCAUUGUUUCUUUAAGCAGUGGUGUCCAAUCCUGCUCCUGGAGGGAUACUAUGCUGAGUUUAGCUCCAAACCUAUUCAAACACACCUGAACCAGCUAAUCAAAGUCUUCAGGAUUACUAGAGCUUUAUCUGAAAUGCCACAUACAUUCAUUCACUAUUUCCUAAAUAUAGUCCACUUGGAGUGAAAACAAGUGAGUGAAUUUGGACAUUGAGCUAUUGGCUAUUUUCCAGCAGCUGAGUGUACAUAUAGGUUGUACACUCAUUAUUGCGGUACAUUAUGAUUGAAUAAGCGCACUCGAUAAUGGUUUUGAACGCCACUACAAGUGGCUGUCGCUUCAAAUUGUGCACUAUGUAAAGGUACAGGGGACAAUUCCGUACACAGGUUAGAACCUUCCAGGCAGGUGUGUUGGGGCAGGAUUGGACUCCCUUGCAGUAAAGAUUUUUGCUGUGAUCUGUUUGCAUGCUGGUGCCUGAGAUUGUUUCGUAUCAGCUGUAAUUGAAUGAAAAGUAGAAUGUCAUUGAAUUGUACAUACAUAGAGUUUUCUAUAUUAUAUGAUGGAUACUUCAGAAUUAGUUUAUAUUUUUAUUAAAGUGAAAAUGGAUUUGUGGGCAGUCAGUAAACAUAACUAUGAAUUUGAAGCAGUGCAGUAUAUUCUUACUGAAUAUAGUAUAUAUAGCUGAUAUAAGUGAAAAUAUAUAUAAAAUUAUUUUUGUCCAAAAGAAAAUGUAAUUUAUUUUAUCCCUCAAUUGCACAGUGCACUAUUUAUGUAUGUUAGUUCAACACAUUGCAGUGAAAAGCACUGAGCGCGAUACCUUAGCAACCAUGUUUGCCGAAAAGAAAUCUGCUGUUUAAGGCUAAUGUGAAUUAAAACUCCUCUCUCUCUGACAGUU